AUGUAUCGCCAAGUUCUACACUUCCCCGAAGACUAUGCGUACCUGUGCAUAUUCUGGCGAUUUUCUCGGGACGAACCACUUCAAACAUACAUUCUCCGAACCGUCACGUAUGGGACAGCAUCGGCUCCUUAUCUGGCUACUCGGGUCUUGAAGCAGUUAGCAAGCGACGAAGCGAGAAAUUUCCCAGUAGCAGCGAAGGUAGUUGAAAGGGAUUUUUACGUGGACGAUUUAUUUUCGGGAGCUGCUACCGUGACAGAGACAAUCAAGCUACGGGAACAAAUCAAAGGCAUGCUUUCCAGUGGAGGCUUCCAGCUGAGAAAGUGGGCAUCUAAUUUUGAGGCCGUUCUUGAGGGUAUUCCGCCUGAGAACCGCGCUCUUCAACACUCAAUCGAUCUCGAUCGUGACCAAAUAAUCAAAACGGUUUGCACUGGGAACCAGCAUCCGAUCGUUUUAAGUAUAAAAUUGAGCUUCUUCUGUCAUCAAACGUCGUGCUCACGAAGCGUCAAACGCUGUCGUAUAUCGCUCAGCUCUUCGAUCCAUUGGGACUCGUCGGUCCAGUCGUCGUCGGCCAAAGCGUUCAUGAAAACACUCUGGACGCUUCGGGACGAGAGCGGAACGAUUUGGGAAUGGGAUCGAGAGCUUCCAUCCAGUCUACGGGAUCAAUGGAUCAACUACCACUCAAAUCUACCUGCGUUGAAUGAAUUGAGUAUCGAUCGUUAUGUUCUUCUCCCAAACUCGGUCGAGAUUGAGCUGCAUCUGUUCUCGAAUGCUUCGGACAUCGGAUACGGUGCGUGUGCCUACUUGAGGUCCGUCAGUAACAGUGGACAAAUCAAAAUCACACUUCUGACGUCAAAGUUCAGAAUUGCUCCUCUGAAGAAACAGAACACACCUAGACUCGAACUGUGUGGCGCUCUACUCUCUGCUGAGUUGUACCAGCGAAUCGCCGCUUCUCUUCAGAUUACGUUUUCUACUGUUUUCUGGACUGACUCCACGACAGUCAUCAAUUGGCUCAAAGCAACUCCGUCUACUAGGACAACGAUUGUCGCAAACAGGGUGUCUAAGAUUCAUCAUGCGACGCAGCACUGUUCUUGGAACCAUAUAGCCGGACUGGAGAACCCAGCUGACUGGAAGGGUCCAGGAUGGCUGCAGCAGGAAAAAGAGCACUGGCCUGUUAACGGACAACACUGCGGACCUACCGAUCAAAGCAAUGCGGAACGACGGAAGACUGCUGCAAUUUCCACUACUGCCACUACCACACUCUCGUUCAUCGACGAAUAUACAGCAAAAUUCUCUAGCUACUCAAAGAUGAUACGAAUCACUGCCUAUUGGUGUCGCUUUUUUUCUUUUCUGCGAAUACCAACGAAAAUUCGCAAAUUUACCUUCCUCACGACCGAUGAACUCAAGACUGCCGAACACGCGCUCAUCCGAUUACUACAUCAACAAUGCUUCUCCGACGAAUGGAAACGGUUGGAAAAUGGACAGCCAGUUCUGAAAAGCCCUCGACUAAAAUGGUUUCACCCAAUGCUCUCAACCAAUGACAGAAUCAUCCGGAUCGGCAGUCGCUUGGGACAGUCGACACGACAUGAAGACUUCAAGCACCCAAUCCUGCUGUCAUGCUCUCAUUAUCUGUCAACACUGCUACUAUUGUCAUAUCACCAGAAUCUUCUGCAUGCUGCCGCGCAGCUGAUGAUCAACACAAUUCGUAUUCGUUACUGGCUCUUGGGCGGAAGAGGGGCGGCUAAGCAGAUCGUACACAAAUGCGUCAUCUGGGUACGCGCUCGACCGAAGCUCAUCGAGCAGUUUAUGUCCGAGCUCCCGGCUGCUCGUAUCGUUGCAAACUUGACUACCGCAAAAUUUCUACAAGCCUUCCGACGAUUUGUAUCCCGGCGUGGUAUAUGCUCUGACGUCUACACAGACAACGGGAAGAAUUUUGUGGGCGCAGCCGGCGAGCAAAAACACCUUUUGCAAAGCUCAGAGCACAAAGGCCAUGUAGCUCGAGAGUGCACGGAAAACGGCAUCCGUUGGCACUUUAACCCUCCCAAAGGCUCUCAUUUUGGCGGACUGUGGGAGGCGGCAAUAAAAUCGGCGCAGAAGCAUUUCACUCGGGUACUAGGCCCUCGAGUACUGGCGUACGACGACAUGGAGACUCUCCUAGCGCAGAUAGAAUGCUGCUUAAACUCCCGUCCGCUUACUCCUCUAAGCGACGACCCAUCCGAUCUUGCUCCACUUACCCCGGGGCAUUUCCUUGUGGGUUCGGAAUUAAAGGCAGUUCCAGAUGUCAAUCUCGACUCAGUCCAGUACAAUCGGUUGACUCAAUGGCAGCAGACACAGAAAAUGUUCCAGGAAAUAUGGAAUCGAUGGCACCUGGAAUAUUUGGCUACUUUGCAGCCCAGAGCCAAGUGGUGCAACCCACCGGUACACAUCGAAAAGAAUCGGCUUGUCAUCAUAAAAGAGGAGAAUAUUUCACCGAUGCGAUGGCCAACCGGCCGAAUUCAUGAAUUGCACCCGGGCAAGGACGGCGUUGUACGGGUUGUGACGCUACAAACAGCUCGCGGGUUCAUCAUUCGUCCAAUUGCGAAGCUGUGUCUUCUUCCUGUCUUCUCAUCCAACGGAGAAAACGUAAACGACGGCGAAACUGUCAACAACGAUAAGCUGACAAAGUUACCAGAGAAAUUUAAAUUACAAGGCCCAAUAUCCUUGGGUCCAAGAUAUACUCUCACUGCAGUCGCAGGAGAUUUUAUAUUUGUGCCAUUACCGCCAUUAACUGAAGAGAAGGCUUCCAAUGUAUCAUCAGUUUAUGUGAUAUAA